AUGUCCCUUUUUAAAUUCUGCCGUGCCUUUCCAGGGGCCCUAAAUUGUUUAAAAUCAACAAGAAUAUUGAUAAUUAAUAAACAAACAUGUCGAUGGUUAUCGUCCGCAAAUGAAGCCCAAAACAAACAGCCUCCUAAAACAAUCUAUUAUGGCCCUUUAACGCCUCAUGUAAGGGCAGUAAAGAUGUUUUCCCUUUCCAGCAGUGUAGUAGGCCUGGCAGUACAGCCAGUGCUGUACAACGAAAUCCUGUCCACUGGCAAUAUCCCCAUGAUCCUUGCAGCUUAUUCAUUUAUAGGUUUUUUCACAUUACUUACACCAGUUUUACUACACUUUGUGACGAAAAAAUACGUUUUGGAGUUACAAUUUGACGAGCCAACUAGCACUUAUACUGCCCAAACGUUUAAUUUCUUUUGUAAAAUCAAACAGACAAAAUUCAAAGUUGAAGACAUUUUCGUGCCGGAUGUACCAGGCAUGUUUGAGACUUUUAAAGUUAAAGGCAAGCCCUUGUUUGUUGACCCUAGGAGUUUUGAUCAUCCAGAGUAUUAUGCCAAUUUGAUGGGGUAUGAUAAACCGAUGGACUUUAAACUUUAUGAAAAACCAUCCAAGGAUGCCAAAUAA